GUAGAUGAUUAUGUUUUUGUAGGAACAAAAAUAUAUUUGAGUAUUAAAAUGGCAGCAAACCAAAAAAGACCCCCUCUAAAAAAACAUGUAUCGUCUUUUCAUAUACCAAAGUCUCCAUUACAUUCAGGGGAGUUGAAGCUGUCCAAAAAUGGCAAGACACCUAAAGAAACAGAAAAAAAUCUGGGAAAACUGAGACCACCAUUGGCAAAAAGCAAGCAACAACCUGUGACUACAACUGGAAAAGCCACAGAUAAAAGCAAGUUAGACCUUUACAAGGCAACUGAAGAGAUAUUUGACUUUGUCCUGGAGGGCAAGUUGACAGUGUUACCUCCCCUCCCAAGGUCCACUGUCAGGAUAUUCCUUAGCUCAACCUUCUCAGACAUGAGGGCUGAGAGAAACGCCCUGGCUAAAGACGCCUACCCCAGGCUGAGGGACUACUGUGCACAGCUAGGUUUGGGCUUUCAGGUUGUUGACCUGAGGUGGGGUGUAACAGCUGAGGCCACAAACAACCACAUGACCACCAACAUUUGCCUGUUGGAGCUGGAAAAUUGCCAGAAAGUUUCUGUUGGCCCAAGCUGCAUUGCAAUAAUCGGCAACCGCUAUGGGUAUUGUCCUCUUCCAUUUGAAAUAAGUGAUGAAGAGUUCCAGAUUUUAAAAUCUGAAGCGUUACAUCUUCAACUGACAGAAGUAUUCUCAUUGGUUGAGACCUGGUAUAAGAAGGAUGAAAAUGCCAUCCCAGCGGCAUACUACUUGCAGCCAAUAUCAUCACAGCUGCCUUACUUCCUUGAUAACUCUUCAAACCUGAAAACAGAAAAGUUGAGCCAUCAGCAAACAUGGGCAAAAACAGAGGCUGAGAUGUUGGAGACUAUUCACAGAUGUGCCGUGUCAGCUUGGGAAAAUAAGAAAAUAUCCACAGCGAGAAAACAUUGCUAUCUCAUGUCAGUGACUGAGCACGAAGCACGGAAUGGAAUAAUUCAGGCUAAAGACCCCAACAGCCAUGGUCUGGUGUUCCUCAGAGAGCUGGAAGGUUUAAGCCCACAAUCCUACGCUGAUGUUGGGGCUGCCAGGCACAAGGAUCUUGUUUCUGUGGAGGGCCAACUACAAGCUGACCAGCAAGCUGACCAACUGAUCUCAGGGUUUAAGAAAGAUCUACAGAGCUCCCUCCAGUCCUCUAAUGUCAAGUCCUACACAGUCCCCUGGGUAGCUGGGGGACUACAGCCUGAGACCAUCCAACAUCACAGCCAGUACCUCAACCAGUUCUGUCAGGACUUUGUGUCUGGCGUCCAGCAACUCAUCCAGGCUGACAUGCAGGCUAUGGAGGCGUUGAUCAGACAGCAGGAAUAUUAUUCCCUCUACAGCGAAGUCUUGCACCACGCCCACUUUUGUAGACUCAAGUGCCAGACUUUCUGUGGGCAGCAGGACUCCCUCGACUUAAUCAGAGACUACAUCCUAGACCCCAGCAACCGCAAGCCGUUUGUUAUCUUUGCCCAGUCAGGGCUGGGUAAAACCUCUCUUCUAGCCAUGGCCAUGAACCUUCUGGGCAGUUGGAUCAAAGACAAGCACAUCGGUGUCAUCCAGUUUCUGGGCACCUCUGCCCUCAGCACCAAUAUCUACAACGUGUUGUUUAAUGUUUGUGGGCAGCUGGCUGACAUCACAGAGAGCAUCAUGGAGCCGCAGUGCUACAGGUCCAUGAAAACUCUUGUGGCCUACAUGCCCAGGUUUUUCCGGACAAUCGCCUCCAUUGUCAAACAGCCUGUUGUCAUUUUCCUUGACUCCCUCGACCAGCUGUCAAGCCAGCAUGACGCCCACACAAUGUGGUGGCUACCAUCCAACCUACCACCUAAUUUUAAGUUGAUUGUUUCAACAUUGCCUGACCGCCAUGGAAUUCUAGACAACCUAAUUCCUCUCAUUUCCCAUAAAAAGAACUUUGUGGAGAUGCCAUUCCUUCCAGACUCGACCAGCAGCCAGAUAGCCGCCAGGUACCUGGGACUGAGGCGCAGACGAGUCACAGACCAACAGAUGAUGUUGUUGCUGGAGAGGUUGAGAGCAUCUCCCAGCCCGCUGUACCUGAAGCUUCUCCUGGACCAAGCUGUCCUGUGGAGCUCCCACACCCCAGUGUCGGAGCUGGUUCUGCCAGACUCUGUCAGGGUGGGCAUCAGCCACAUGUUUGAGAAACUGGAAGUCAAAUUUGGGCAAAGAUUUGUCCAGGCUGCGCUUGGUUUGAUCAGUGUUGGCUUGAAUGGGCUCAGUGAGAUUGAGCUAGAAGAUGCUCUGUCCUGUAUGGAUGACGUCAUGGUUGAGAUCUAUCAGUUCCAUGACCCCCCAGUCCCAGGGAUGGUGCGGAUCCCCCCGGUCAUGUGGGCCCGGCUUCGCUUUGACCUCAAAGAGUACCUGGUUGAACGGUUAGCCCAGGGGCAGACAACUUUAUUUUGGUAUCAUCGUCAGUUUGUUGAAGUUGCAUCAGAGCGCUAUACUUCUGGAAUUACAGGUCAAAAUCUCCACAAAAUCUUGUUUGAAUAUUUCGCUGCUGAGCAUGGUGUGAAGAGAGACAUUGUUCUGACUGAACGAAAUAAUCUCUUCAUCCCCAACGCUGACAGAAACACCAGCCCACAGCCCAUGGCCCCAUCGAACAUUAGAAAACUAGAGUGUUUGACUUACCACCUCAAAAGUUGUACGUCCCUGCAAGAUCCUAACUUUGCUAAACAAGUUACGUACUGUAACUUCCACUUCAUCCGGGCCAAGAUUGCCACCGUGGGAGCUGAGAAACUGCUCCUGGAGCUGGAGGAACAGCUGCAGCUGGUCAGGGACUCUGAGCUGGAAAAGAUGGUCGCGUUUAUUGGGACGUGUUCAGCAGCUCUGAAAGACCCCGUGGGGUGUGCCUUCAAUGUGCUUGCCCACAUCAGUACCUCCCCACAGCUUCCUAAUCUAAAUCUUCUAAUAGCUGAGUCCAGGAGUUACCUCAAGAACUUGUCCAGGACUUUGCUUAUCCCAACUUUUGCUUGUCUGGCACCAAGAGGCAGUGAGCCAGAAAAAGUGUAUAAUGGACUCGUCCAUGUGAAGGGAAGAAGAAAUGAGACAGUCCUCUUUGCCAAUGAAUGGUGCCCUGCCCCCUCCGACCAAGAAUCAAAAGAUGCUUCAGUCACUAUAGGUCUGGUUGAUAUGAAGACAACAGACGUUAGCUAUCAUCCUCUGGAGGGGGUCAGUUCUGAACUUUUCUUGACCGCUGAUGGAAAGGCCUUAAUUUUCUUCUCUGCUGAACACGCAGCUCUAGUCAAACUGCAGACUGAUACAGGGACACAAACUCUGCACACGCUGAAAGAUCUACUCAACGGUCAGGGACCUCACGUCAAACAAGCGCACCUGUACCACGCUUUAGCUUGCACAUCAGAAGAUUUGAAGCACAUUGCGAUCUCAGUGGGUGAUGUGGUAGCUGUUGCAGACUUGCAGGACAUGCGCCCCGUGGCACGGUACCAGCUGCAACACACAGCGCAUGUCACCAACCUCCACUGCUGCUCUGGUUCACCGCUCACCCUCAUCCUCACACAGGUCAAGCACACUCACUCUCCUGGCGCCAUCACAUUUUUAGACAUACUCAAAAGGGAAGUGACUCAUUGUACUGAAACAACUUUUGAAAUUUUACCAAGAUGUUCCGCUGUUACUUUAAAUGGAGAAUCUCAUGUUUGCUAUGGCAACAAUCCAGAUGGAAAUGUUAUAUUGUUGAGUAAAAUCAAACCAGCAGGGACUUAUUUGAAGAUUGAUAUAAAGAAACAAAUCAAUGGGAUGGAGGUCUCUAGUGUAGAUCAAGACAUAUACUUUCAUAUAGGGGACUCAGAAAUCCAAGUUUUGAAUGCUGAAACACAAGGAUGGACACGGACAUUGGAGCAUGGAAUAGAUAUUUGUUGUUUUGAUGUGUCCUGGGAUGACAAGAGAUUGCUAGUAGCUGAUGUCAGCAACACUAUAACUUUGUAUAACAAGCAAUUUGAUAAACUUUUUACAAGGCAUGAAAGUUGUAGUGGAAUAGAUUACAUUGCUGUUUACCAUAGUCAUGUGGUAGUUCAGAUAAGUGGCGUGGUGAAAAUUUGGAAUGAAAAGGAAUUGUUCAAGGUGUCAGUGCAUGAAGAAACUGCUACAGAAAGUGCGUCCAUGCAGGUGUUGCACCAACAAGAUGACGUCACGUGUUUUCUGAUCUCUGAGAGGGAAGAGCUCUUCACUGCGGGUCAAAAUCAGAUUUGUCGUGUCUGGUCAAUGAAGGAUGACUCUUUUGUCAGGGAGUUUAAUCUUGGUCUGGCGCCAACUGAGAUGAUGAUGGCAGUGCAUGAUGUUCUGGUUGCCUUCUGUGAGAAAACAAAAAGACUUGUAGCUGUUAAAUCAAAGAACGGGGAAGUCCAUCACUACUUUGACAGUCAUGUGUUUUGUUUUACACUGACUAAAGACAAAAACAAGCUUGUCUUCCUCACAAAAGAAAAAGUAUGCAGCAUUCAUGUAUACGACAUAACGACCAACUCAUUAAUUAAAAAAUUUAACGUUGGUAUUCAUUUUCCGUUUUUAAGUGCACGUCUUUUGAUGUCUGUCUCUGAAAGGUAUGCUGUGUUUAUGCUGGAGGUCUCGCAGGAGGAGAUUGAUGCCAUCACAGCCAUGAGGAACAAAGGCACCCAGCUCCCAGCACAACAACACCCCCACAGGUUCCUGGCUGUGGACCUGACCCAGGGGACUGGCGCCCCCAUGCAUGUUUAUCACCGUCUGUCCAAAGUUCCGCAGCUGGGGGUGACGGUGGAGCCGUACAAGGGUAACAUGGUGAUGGUCUCCACCAGACGCUGGGUCUUGUUCUGGGACAUCCCAACAGGAAACUGUGAUCACAUGAUGUGCAAGUCCCCUCGGCAGACUAAAAUGUACCGUCCUGAUUGGUUGGGUCAGGAGUGUGUGGGUAGUAAUGAUGUCAUCACCAUGUCAAGAUGCAGGAAGUAUGUUGCUGUAGGCUCCAGGGAUGGGUAUCUGUUCGUCUAUGAUGGGGAGACUGGCAUGCCAGCAGGGAUGAAGGCGCCAGCAUCAAAGCACCCAUCACCAGUCAACCAAGCCUGCUUCAAUCAGUCGAGUACUUUAGUUGCCUCCUCCUGCACAGGCGGCCAUCUUAAGCUGUGGGAUCCCAAGACAGGCAACUCUGUCUUCUCCAUCUCUGUGGGGUUGGAGUUGCAGCACUUGGAAUUCUCUCCUAAGGGGCACAAACUGGUGGCAGUAACAGCUGAAGAGAAAAGUCGAGUCCUUGUUUUUGAUGUGCAGUACAUUCUAGGAUAAACAGUAAUGAAUCAAAUUCAUUUAAAUCAACAACAAAAUAGUUAUCUCUCUAUAAAACAAGAUUGAUUAGCUCUAUUUGUAGAGGGAAAAAAAAGAGGAAAAAAAUUCAUUUAAGGAAACGUUUAGUGGAAUUUUAAAAAAUGUUCAUUUUAUCUAUCAUUUACAGUAAUUUUUUGCUUUCUACCUUGAAAAACGUGAAAACACUAUUUUUAGUGUGGUACUUCAUUCUGUUCCUUUUUUUCAAGGUGGUUAGCUACAUAAAAUAUUCAUUUACACAAGAUUUUCAGUUACAUAGUAUGGGCAGCUCCAUAUUGUAGCUAUUUUAAUAUAUAAUUGCCUAGCUAUUUAAAUGUAUAAGUGACAGCUAUUUUAAUGUAUAACCGAUGACUUUUUGAAUGUAUAACUGAUGUCUAUUUGAAUGUCUGCUGUAAAUUGGCUUCCCCCCUCAGGUUUUAACUAGUGGAGAAAAAGUAAAUAUGAAAAUAUUUUAAUGUAUUUUUUACAAUUUAAACUAAGUAGUAGAAAUAUAACUCCAGAACUUGUGAUGCCUGAAAAUGUUUUUAAAAAGAAGUUAUAAAAUACCUUGUUGCUCAGUUUAAGAUUAUGUUCAAUUAGUUUCUGUUGACUUAGUGUAAUCUGUGAUAUAUAUGGGCAGCUUUGGACAGUUCAUUGGUGGUGAUAUUUUUACCUUUUGUUUUUAUUGUACACGCUCAAUUUAUUGUGCUUUCAGAUUAAGCUUGUGAAUUAUAAAUUUUUAAUUAUAGGUCUAUUUAAUUGUUAUUCGU